GCUGGUUAUCGACAAGUAUUCCUAUCCCCCGAUAACAAAGAACAAGCUUUAAUUACUUUAGAAGAAAUCAAAUUUGUCACAGCACUCGUUCUUACUCAACAUGAAUUGACAGAAAUAUUUACACAAAUUGAUAUACCAAAACGUGAAUGGUCCAUCUAUAGUCGACCAUGGUCAUCAGCUGGUCCAGAUUGUAUGCGUCCAUCAGGCAUGGCUAGUAACGAUUUCAUUGAUUCUCUUCUCGAUCAACAAACUCUCAGUCAACAUUCUCUGAAUGAAUUCACUUUGCAUGCUCAUGGUCGAAUUAAUAUGGAUAAUACUCAACAAAAAUCAACCACAAUACUUACUACUAAUAUGAUUCGUGAUACAACAUGGUCGACACAUGAUGCAUCAAGUGUUUAUAGUCAUUUGUCAACAAGAGGUUAUCAAUAUGGGCCUUUGUUUCAAAACAUGAAUUUUCUACAAGGUACAACAUCUACAGUUAUAGCUCAAGUUUCAAGUGAUGUUAGUAAAAUCAAUGAUCUUUCUUCUUAUUAUCUACUUCAUCCAUCAUUAGCUGAUGCUUGUCUACAUCCACUUUUAGCUUUAUUACCUGGUAAUGAUACCACAUUUCUUCCAAUUAGUAUUCAAAA